UAGAUCGAUAUUCAAUUGUCAGUUUUCAACUAUUACACGUAAAAAAAUAUUAUUUAGUACGCUUUUUUUUAAAAGGGGGUUUUAUAUUUUAAGUAGGUUAUUGGAAUACUUUUUCUUUUUGUAAAUUUAUUCGAGAUAAGAUUCCAAUCUUUUAAACUAAGAUAAUUUAUGUUCUAUACAUAAUUAUAUUUUUUUACAUAACUCUAAAAUCUCGGACUUGAUUCUUUAUAUUUUAUUAGUUAAUUGUGUUACAUAUUAUAGAAAUACUUACGUCAAACUAAAAAUAUAAAAAAAAAAUCAAAUUUAAAAAUUAGUUAUAUAUAAUUUAAUAUACAAAAAUUCACAUAUAAAUAAAAUGAUAAAUGUAAUAAAUUUAAAUAUAUUAUCCGCUCGUAGCGCGGAGAAAAGAUCUAGUCCCAUUAAAAUAUAAGGACUAUUCUGGUUUGAAAGUUGAAACCUUAAAACUGGUAUAUAUUUUUAACGGCGCAUUAAAACUAAUAGAUUUGUAGGUUUUAAACUCAAUAAAGAUGAUUAAACUGAAAAUCAAAACUAUAUCUUUUUAAAAAUACCAUAUACCAGAUUCAUAAAAUUCAGAUUUCCGGCUAUUGGUUGUCUCGAUUCAUAAAAAAAUUAAAGUAUAUCAGCGAGACAUUUGUCAAUGACAUGAAUAUUCAGUUUCAUAAUGAUCACUCCUUGAAGGAUUCAUGAUAUCUUUUUUUUAAUGUUGAUUCAUGAUAUAGCUUAGAACACGCACAGUGUAAUAUACCCUAAUACUCUUCAAAAGCUAAUCGGAUAUUUUUUUCAUUUCUAUAAUAUGUUUAUAUGUGCCAUGUCAAAACAAAUAAUAGAAAAACAAAAUUAUUUCAAAAGGAAACAAAGACUGAUGUUUGAUAUAUAGCAUAAAGCCGCCCCGUGACCUAAUUCUCUAAGAUUAUUUUUGUCACUUAGAAGGAGUAAGUGGGGUAGAUGGAAUGGGUUUGUUUUUGUACAUUAUUGUUAAGGUAUGUCUUCAAUGUUUUUUUUAGAAGGCUUUCAAUAUGUUUAUUUUAUAUGCUCUGCCAACUAAUUCAGUGAGUUCCGGUAAAACUACAUAUAAUAUUACUUCUAGUGAAAUUUUUCAAAAAAAAAUUCAUCACACUGUCUAUUCGAGUUUGAAAAUUAAAUUCAAACUUUCUAUAUUACUGUGAUUUUGUUUCAAUGAGGCCUUAACCUCGGAAAAAUAUUUAACUACGCCUUGCCCACCACUUUAUCACAGCAUGUGGAGUUCAAUAUGUUCUCGAUGUUUAGUUGUCAUUUCGAUUCUAAAGUUUCAAUCACUUCCCUGAAAAAUCACAUCUUGGAGGAGAAACAUGGGCAACUGACAAUAAUAUAUGUGGAUUAAAGCUGUAAAUCAUAGAGGAAUUUCGUAUUAUAAUUCCUAACUGCAAUAUUUUUAGUCAAAAAUGUCAAACAAAUUAUUUUUAGUCAAAAAUGUCAAACAAAUUAUGUUGAAUAACAUAGUCAAGGUCAUUUAUAAUCGAAGCGGGACAACGAAACUUAACAUCGUCAAUCGUGGAAUAUUAGAUAGAUAAAUGGAAGUUAAUUACCGAAGCUAAAUAUAACACGAACCAUGUUCCCGGAAGCCGUCUCUAAUGAUCUCUUCUCAGGCCUAUGCAAAAUAAUGAUUUUUUCAGUUUUUGCUAAUAUCAAAAUAUUAUAAAUAUCAGCAUUUAGGUGUCAUGAAAUGAUAUUUGAUUCGAAUAAGGGAUACAAUACAUAUGAGGGAGCAGACAAAAGAAAAUAUAGCAGUCACAAACACGAGACUCUCUUACAUUUUUGUAUUUUGUUUUUUUUUUUAUUACAGAUGUAUUAAUAUACAGGGGAAAAGGAAGAAAUGAAUAUAUUAUAUUCAAUAUAUUCGUUAAUUUAGUUCUAUAUUUUUUUUGAUAACUGUGAUGUAAUUUCAAAGGUUUUUUAAACCUAAACAUUAAUCAACAUAAAGUCAGCAAGAUAGUGUUUUUUUACCACUUAAAGGGUUUCGAAUGGCCAAAAAAAAUUGAAUCAGAAUGGUACUCACAACUGUAAAUUCGUUACCAGUAAACCAAAAUCACUUGGUUAUUUUAUUUAGUUUUAUACCAAUCAACUAAAAAGAUAGAAAAUAGUAUAUUAGAACAUUAUCAAUGUGAAAUAUAUUCAAAUAAUAUCAAUAAAUGUUAAAUUUAAAGAACUGAACUAAUUAUAAAAUAACAAACUGAUCAGAAUUUCCAUAAAUUUUUGUAAAAUAUUUUGAUAAAAAACCAUUUUUCUUCUAUUUUUAAUAAUAAUUUAAUAUUAAGAUGUACAGUAAGAGACUACUAGUACCUUACCUUGGUAGUUUUGAUAAAUUAUAACAUCUGUUUCUGAGCUAACUUUGUUGUUUGUAGAAGAUUAUGGCAACUUGACUCCAUUUGAAUUCAAGUGUAUAAAUAGGCAAACCAGUAUCAUAUCUUUUGAUGUAAGUAUAUCGCAUGUCUUCUAAACACUCGUUGCAGCCUAUACACACUUUGGCUAUAAUUCUGAUCAAAGGCUCACGUCCCUUUCUCUCUAGUAUCUACAAUACACUCUACGGGGGGCAACGAAACAUUUAUUUCCCAGGUUUAGAGAUUAAACGGAUUUGUUUUUCAAAAAAAUAUUGAUUGUCAAAUUGUGCAUGUGGAUAUGAAUGUAUUUCCCGAAGUGAAAAUCACGUGAGUGUCAUUUCUUUGGCAAUUCCGAGCAAUUAAAAUCACAUAUUAUCUAUCGUUUUUAAUUAAAAAUAAUUAAAGAGGAGAAAGCAGACUGUAAAAGUAGAAAUAGUAGGAUAUCUACGAGGCUAUACGUGAGAAGACAGGCUUGUCUAUUCUGCAGUGUUAUUUUGUGAUGAUGAUUAACCGGCACACAUGUGAAUUGAUGGGUAUACUCUUAUAUGUCGUGGAAUAAAUAGACAAUUCCAUAUUUUCUACUCAUCACAUUUCUCAUGACAUAUAUAUGCGCUCAGAUGCAUACGCAUAUGCCUCAAAUACUAUUUUGAAUGUUUUUUUUUAAAUGACGAAACUUUGUGUACGUAUAUGAUAUAUACUUUGAUAAUUAAAUUGAUUUGUGCUUGCAUUUAAUCGGUGUAAAUGUGUACAUUUAUUACGUUGUAAAUGUGUACAUAUAUGGUCUUGGUAGUAUUUUACAAUAAAAGUUGGAAAAUGUAGUAUGUGUAGAUCAUCUUGCAAUGGUGCUCGCUAGGAUCGGUGUGUAUGUUUUAUGAAUGCAUGCAUAUAUAAUAUAAGGUACAUAUUUAUUGUAUUUAAGUAUAUAAUAUUAUACACCAAUUAGAUGGCGGAUAGUGAGGAGUGGUGCAUGAGGGAACUAAUAAAGAUCCCCGUGAGGUGUGUUUGGAGGCAUUCCAAAAUGACAGACAAACAUUCUUCUGUUUGCUUUUAUCCUCUUCGUUCACUUCUUUCUAUGCUCACAUUUCAGUAUUAUAUAUAUGUAUAAAUAUUUUACAGUUUUAUUUCUUCCUCCAUAGAGAGCUCUUGGUUUACUUCGUUUUAAAAAAACAAAAUAUUUGCGCCAUUUCUUCAUUUCAGGAAGCUUUACAUAUACUCACGCACAAAUGUUUAUAAAGCGUUGAAGAGAGUUGGCCAAGACCAAUUAAUUAAUUAAGAUGAGGCAAUGGCGAUAAAUAUAGAUUUUGAGCAUAUGAAAUAGUGUCACAAAAAUUGGACCGGUUAAUGAUAUAGUAUUUUGUUAAAAAGACAAUUGAUGGAAUGUCAUGAAGGUGCAUUUGAAUUUUUUGCGGUUCACAAUUGGAAAUGCUGUGUUUAAACGUGAUGGAUGUAUCAGUUUUAGUUAUGAAUGGAAUGGAAUGAAAUAGUUAAGGUUUCCACUAGAUUAUCACCAGUUAGAAAAGAUAUUGAGAAUUCAUUUGUUGCAGAUUAUUCUGUUAGAACCAAGGAAGGAAGUAAAAAUAGAAUUUAUGUAAAUAUAUUAGCUAGGUAUAGUGUUGGGAUUAUGAGUCCAUUAUCCACGGUCCUGUCCUAUUUGACCCGUUGCGGGGUGGAUGUAGGUCGAUCGGCUUGAAAAUUUUGAGUUACUGGUGUAGACUGCGUUUGUUUUAAGUGGAGGUGAUGUAGGUCUGUUGAAUUUUAAUUGCGGGUAUUCGCCAAUCUGUAAAUUAAAAGAAAAUUUAGUUUUUAUAAAUAUAUAAAAUAUUAUUUGACAAAAAAAUAUAAAAAUAUUACAAAUAUUUAUUGUUUUUAUUAUAUAUUUUUUAUUUAUAUUAUUUUUAAAAAAUAAUUAAUAUAUAUUAAAUAUUAAGUUUUUAGCUAAAUAUUAAUAAUAAAAUACAUUGAUAUAGUAAAUAAAUUUAUUUAUUUCAAAUAUUAUUAGUUAAUUAAAUAUAAUUAAUGAAAACAUGAAUAUAUUUUCAAUUAUUUUUUAAUAUAUAUGAAAAUGUCUAUUUUAUAAAAUGGAAAGAGUAUUAAUUCUCGCAUAAUUAUAUAGUAUUAUAGUUACAUAGAAUAACGUGUACACAGAGGCAAUCAAGUAACUCACGAGAUGCCAAACGAAUUUGUCCGUAUAUAUCACAUUUUGUAGCGAUGAAGAGAUCAUAUCAGAAUAUAAGGCUGACAUGUGAGGGACGAGAGGACCCGAUAACAUUGAAUAAAACUUAUAUCUCUAGUUACUCUUUCUUACUCUAUAUAUAGAAGAGAAUCCGAAGAGGAGGAGAAGAAGAAGCUAAAGCAUUGAAGAAUGGUUUCUCGGAACAAGAGUGAUUCCUCUAUGCGUGAUAAGUUUCAAUUGCUUCGUUCAGUCACUAACUCCCAUGCUGAGAGCGAAACAUCGAUCAUAGCAGAUGCAUCAAAGUAUAUCAAAAAUCUUAAGAAGAAAGUCGAAGAAAUCAACAAUGUGACCACGUCUGAGCAAUACUUCUGUGAUCCUACCGAUCCCAUGGUAACAGUGGAAACCCUAGAGAAUGAAUUCUUGAUAAAUAUAACGUCAAGGAAGAAUGAUGGGGGCAUGUUGGUUUGUCUUCUUGAAGCCUUUGAAGAUCUUGGACUUGACGUUGUUGAAGCUAGGGUUUCAUGUACAGACUCAUUUAGCAUGCAUGCUGUUGGUUCAUCAAAUAACGAUGAUGGUGAAAGCAUGGAUGCUGAAGCAGUGAAACAUGCAGUUGAAGUAGCAGUCAGGACCUGCAGUGAUGGACAUGAUCACUACAAGAAAACAGCGACAUACCGACGAAAAAAGUCCUCGGAAAUAACUUCUCGGAAAUUCAUUAUUCCUCGGAAAUCCCUCGGAAAUUUCCGACGGAAUUCCGAGGAAAUGAAUUUCCGAGGAAAUUCCGAGGACCACAAGUUCGUCGGAAAGUCCUCGGAAUAUUCCGAGGAAGAUGUCGUCGGAAUAUCCCGAGGGAUACACUUCCUCGGAAUAUUUCCAAAAUUAAAAAAAAAAAUAUAAAUUUAUUUUUUUAAAUUGAAAUUCGAAAAUAUAAAAUUAAAAUUAAAAUAGAAAACAUAUU